CGCAAAUUCUCAGCGGUUUCUAGUGUCUGUUUAGAUUUCUAGCUAAUAAAUGGAUAUAUGUAAUUUUUGCUGUUGGAACCUGCUUUUAAGUUAUUGCUAAUUACUAGUAAUCAGUAAAUUAGUGCUUUGGUUAUUCAUCUUUGUGCAUAACUUCAUGUGAUCCAUGUUACUUGAAUCUUACACUAAGAUCUGUAUCAUGUGUGAAUUUGUUAUAGUGAAUGUUACUAAACCUGGUUUACUUGUUGAUUAGGUAGUUUUGAAAAAAAAAAUGUAUAAUUAGAAAGAGAAAUUUUCUUUUUUUUUUUUUAAUAGGAUUAGUAAUUGUUGGUUUCUUUCAUAAUCACCACUGCUUUCAAUUGUAAAUUUCUGCGUGAGAAAGGAGAAAGGGAGAGAAAAGGUUAACUUGUAAGCAUCUACAAUUUUCUUGAGUUACUUUGCUGCCAUUGAAUCCUCCUUAUUUGUCACUUAGUUGCAUUGCAAUAGUUGUCAAGUUUCAAGUACUGUUAUUUACUUACUCCGUUCAACUCAUCCUGUUUCUUCAGACGUUUCUAUGUAAUAUUUUUGUAAGGAUCAAACAUGCUUGACUUAGUUUGUACCCAGGAGAAGGAAUUAUCUUAUUAUUAACUGAUGACAUGGAGCAGUAUGAUAUACUUGAGCAAAUUGGCAAAGGUGCUUUCGGUUCUGCGCUUCUCGUGAGACAUAAGCAUGAGAAGAAAAAAUAUGUACUCAAGAAGAUUCGCCUUGCACGCCAAACGGAGCGAACUCGUAGAUCUGCACACCAGGAGAUGGAGCUUAUUUCUAAAUUUCGAAACCCAUUUAUUGUGGAGUAUAAAGAUUCAUGGGUAGAAAAGGGUUGCUAUGUCUGCAUUAUCAUAGGUUACUGUGAGGGUGGGGAUAUGGCGGAAGCUAUAAAAAAAGCUAAUGGUUUGCUGUUCCCAGAGGAGAAACUCUGUAAGUGGCUUGUUCAACUUCUUAUGGCACUUGACUAUUUGCACAUGAACCACAUUCUUCAUCGUGAUGUCAAGUGUUCAAAUAUAUUCUUGACAAAAGAUCAAGACAUACGUCUCGGUGAUUUUGGACUUGCCAAAAUGUUGACUUCUGAUGAUCUUGCUUCCUCUGUUGUUGGAACUCCUAGCUACAUGUGCCCCGAGCUCCUAGCUGAUAUACCUUAUGGUUCCAAAUCGGAUAUUUGGUCCCUGGGAUGUUGUAUAUAUGAAAUGACAUCACUCAAGCCUGCAUUUAAAGCAUUUGAUAUACAAGCAUUGAUUAACAAGAUUAAUAGGUCCAUAGUGGCUCCAUUACCAACGAAAUAUUCUGGUUCAUUUCGAAGUCUUGUUAAAAGCAUGCUGCGGAAAAAUCCAGAGCUUAGGCCCAGUGCUGCAGAGCUGCUUGGGCACCCACAUCUUCAACCAUAUGUUCUUAAGAUUCAUCUCAAAAUUAAUAGCCCCAGGCAAAAUUCAUUACCAGUCCAAUGGCCAGAAUCCAAGUACAUGAAGAAAACCAGAUUCUUGGAGCCGAAAGAUGAACAUGUUUCUAUCUAUAGGGAUAAAAGGCGUUCUUUUAGCAAUGAUCGGACUCUAAACCCUAGUGUUUCUGGAGCUGAUCAAGAUUCUGUAUGUUCCACCCUAGAAAUAGAUUGUACUCCAGAUGAUUUAAAUCAGAGGUUAGCAGAGUUGAGUGUCAGAGGUAGCCAUGGAAUGAAGUCAAUCCAUAAGCCUGUUCUCUCCAGAACUUCUGGUAUGGCUAAGAUUCCCAGGAUCAGUCAUGCAAAACUUUCUUCUACCAACAAGAAAUUAAUGGAACCCACAAAGGAUCUUAAGGCAGUAAGGCAAUCUCUUCCUGCUUCAAACAAUUCCACAAAAUCUACCCAAACAAAUCGCAGAGCAUCCUUUCCAUUGCCAUCAAAGGGUACUCAGAAGCCUCCUCACAGGCCUAGUAGUAUUGGUUUGCUUAGCCAUGUAUCUUCACCAGAUAUUUCAGUCAACUCUCCCCGAAUUGAUAAGAUAGCUGAAUUCCCAUUAGCAUCAUAUGAAGAUCCACUGUUCCGAUUCAACAGAUCAUCAACUGUGAUUGACAAAUGCACAAUAGAUGUAUAUGAUAAAGCCUCUGUUAGGGCUUGUAAUGCUGAUACUUGGCAAGGAAUCAAGCGCAGCAUGUUGAAGGAAAACGACGAGGACAAAAAAAGUGGUUCAUCUGAUCAAAAUGCAACAGCAGGUGCAUCGAGUCACACCUCUUCGGAUCUGCGCCGCCGACAGUUUGAUACUUCAUCGUACCAACAGAGGGCCGAAGCCUUGGAAGGGCUGCUUGAAUUCAGUGCAAGAUUGCUGCAGCAGGCAAGGUAUGAUGAACUCGGGGUUUUGUUGAAACCAUUUGGGCCUGAGAAGGUUUCCCCAAGGGAAACUGCAAUCUGGUUGAGUAAGAGCUUCAAAGAGAACACAUUCAACCCUGAAGAAUCCCCGUAAAAUUGCCGUAUAUGCACUCUAAUCAUGUUUGUAGUGUUCAGUGCAUCUUUUCUCACACGGGAGCCUAUUUAGCGGUUUAGCCAGUUGAGUUUUUGUAGAAAUUCGCAUAUCCUCUGUUUAGCCUUUUUUUUUUUUCUUUUUUUUGUGAAAGAGUUAAUGAUGAUUAGAAGUGAUGAAUGAAGCAGACGAUAGAUAUUUCAUGGUAACAUUACUUGUGGAACUAGUUUAUGUUGUUCAAUGUUCAUAGUAGAUAUUUUCCAAUAUAUUAAUGUUAGCUCUGUCAUAUUUGAAUUGCUAUUUUGA